CACGAUGACCGACUUGGAGGCCAAAUAUGAGCUUGUUACCCGCAGUCUGCAGGAGGUGCUCGGUGGCGAGAUCAUCAAGACUGUCCUGGCCGAGGGUCGUACACUGAAGUGCUACUGGGGUACUGCGCCGACGGGACGACCUCAUAUCGGCUACUUUGUUCCUUUGACCAAGAUCGCGGAUUUCUUGCGUGCAGGUGUUGAGGUCACUAUCCUCCUUGCUGAUGUGCAUGCUUUCCUCGACAAUCUCAAAGCACCUCUCGAACUUGUCGCACACCGCACAAAAUACUAUCAAUUUGUUCUUCUAACCGUCUUCAAGUCGCUAGGCAUCCCCACAAAUAAGCUGAAGUUCGUAGAGGGUUCGUCUUACCAACUCACUAAGGAGUACAAUCUCGACAACUACCGCCUGUGCGCCAUUGUCACUGAACAUGAUGCGAAGAAGGCUGGCGCAGAGGUCGUGAAGCAGGUUGAGAGCCCGUUGUUGAGUGGUUUGCUGUACCCCGGUCUCCAGGCUUUGGAUGAGCAGUACCUGGGUUGUGACUUCCAGUUCGGUGGUGUUGACCAGCGCAAGAUCUUUACCUUUGCUGAACUCUACCUCCCGCGCCUGGGCUACAAGAAACGUGCACACCUGAUGAACCCCAUGGUCCCCGGUCUGGGUGGCGGCAAGAUGUCCUCGUCGGAUCCGAACUCCAAAAUUGACUUCCUCGACCCCCCAGAGGUCGUGCGCAGGAAGAUCAAGUCUGCAUUUUGCGAGGAGGGAAAUACGGAGGAGAACGGCGUGCUGUCAUUCGUGGAGGCCGUGCUCAUCCCGAUUAGCCAGCUGCGCCUCGAGCGCGCCCGUGGCAACACCGGCGCCGACUCUGAGGAGGGCCGGGAAGCGACCGGUGACCAGACGCCGUUCGUCCUCGAGGGUGCGCCCGAAGGCGCGGUGUUCUCGGUCUUUCGAAAGGAAGAGUAUGGCGGCAAGCUGCACUACAAGGACUUCGGCGAGCUCAAAAAAGACUUCGCAGAGAGGAAGCUACAUCCCAAGGACCUCAAAACUGCCGUUGCAGAUGCGAUCGUUCGGCUGCUCACACCUAUCCGUGAAGCAUUUGAGAAGAGCGAAGAGUGGAGGACUGUUGAGAAGCUUGCGUACCCCGACCCGAACGCAAAGCCUGAGAAGGUCAAGAAGGUGAAGAAGUACGUCCCGCCGCCACCGGGCAAGGGCAAGAAUGCCCAAAAGCCGGCAGAGGACGGUGCAGCACCUGUCCCAGCACCACCAUCUCAAGAGGUUGUACAGGAGGCCGCUGCAGAGCUGGCAAAAGAGGACCCGAACCCCACCCCCGCUGCAUGAGCAGCCUGUGGUAAUUUAUCGUGAUAGAUAUGCAAAAUGUACACUGUAGCAGUUGACGUGAUGGGAAUACAUUGGAUGUAUGAG